AUGUGGGCCAUCAGUCGUGGCAGAAAUGUACUCAAACACAAUCUGCACCUCAUGGCCCAGUCUAUUCUGCACUCCACCAUUACCAUCAAACCAGGGGAUCAACCCGGGCUCAAUGAAGACUGCAGGAAGGUACAUCAAGAGCAGCUCCAGGAAGUCAGUGGAAGUGAACAGGAACACAGAAUUCCACUGAAGAAGCACAAGUCAGUCAAGCAAACAAUGAGAGAGAAAGGGAUACUCUCGUAUUUCUGGGAGCACCAUAAGAUGGAUAUGGUACAAAUGGGUCAAGUUCAGGAGUGUUCUGCCAUACAAAGAACAUCUGAGCCCCUUCUCAAUUACAUGGAUACUCAGUAUGGCGGGGAGAUUUCCAUUGGCACACCACCUCAGAAUUUCACUGUUGUAUUUGAUACUGGUUCAUCCAAUUUAUGGGUGCCUUCGGUUUAUUGCCACAGCAGAGCUUGCAAAGACCAUGACAAGUUCAUCCCAGAUAAAUCAUCGACUUAUACAAGGGAUGGCCGUCCUUUCUCUAUCCAUUAUGGUACAGGCAGUCUGACAGGAAUAAUUGGAAUAGAUACUGUAACGGUUGAAGGCAUCACCAUUGUGAACCAGAAAUUUGGUGAGAGUGUGACAGAGCCUGGCACAACGUUUCUGUAUUCCCCAUUUGAUGGGAUUCUUGGACUGGCUUACCCAUCUAUUGCAACAGCAGAUGCCACACCAGUAUUUGACAACAUGGUGGCGCAAGGCUUGGUAAACUUGCCCAUAUUCUCUGUGUAUCUUAGCAGAAAUCCAAAUGAUGAGUCUGGGAGUGAAAUUGUUUUUGGUGGAUUUGAUACUUCGCACUUCACUGGUGAACUUCAUUGGAUUCCUGUGACCAACAAAGGAUACUGGCAAAUUCAGUUAGACGGUGUGAAGGUCGGUGGAACUGUUCUGUUCUGUGAAAAUGGAUGCAAAGCCAUAGUUGACACUGGCACAUCUCUCCUUACUGGACCUGUCAAGAGCAUCAAUGCACUACAGAACAGGAUUGGGGCAGUUUCUAGCAGAAAUGGAAUGUACUCCAUAGACUGUGAUCAUAUGUCCAAUAUGCCUGAUGUGACGUUCACAAUAGGAGGUGUUGACUAUGUUCUUCCACCACAGGCCUACACACUUCAGGAGGAGGAUGAAUGGGGACGAAUUUAUUGCAGCAGUGGAUUCCAAGGAAUGGACAUACCUCCACCUGCUGGACCAUUCUGGAUCCUGGGUGACGUCUUCAUUGGCUAUUAUUAUGCAGUGUUUGAUAGAGGGAACAACAGGGUGGGCCUGGCUAAAUCCAUCCCGUAA